AUCAACAAUGAUGAAACAGUGCCUCUAGAACCAGAAGCAAAUUCAAGAGAAGAAGCAACGUACCCCACCACAUGGAUAGCAUAAAAGAGAUCCGAGAAAGCAAGAUAAGAAUUAGACAGAGUGGAGCACACAUAAGAAAUAACUUAAGUUGAGAGGUGGGGUUAAAGUUUAACCUCUCAAAAGCCUGCUUUUUACAACUCACUGUGGAGCCAAAAAAAAAAACUAUAUUACUUUCAUCAACUUUCUCUUCCUUCUUCCAGCCCUUGCUUCUAUGAGAAUUUCCAAAUUCGCUUCCUUUUCUUUUUUCUUUCAUAUGUUAUUCAUCUACUUAUUAUCACCAGAGAAUUCACAGGUUGUAGAAACAUGUUCCGCCUCUUCAGAUUGUGGUCCUGGCUUCUAUUGUGGCCAUUGCCCUGGUAUAGGUAGGACUCAAUCUGUCUGCACUAGAGGCCAAGCCACAGUUGUAACAUCCAUUGUGAAUGGGUUGCCCUUCAACAAAUACUCAUGGAUCAUGACACAUAAUUCAUUCAGCAUAAUGGAUGCACCUUUUUUGAAUGGAAUUCAAAGGCUUACAUUUUAUAAUCAAGAAGACACUGUCACUAACCAAUUGAGGAAUGGAGUGAGAGGAUUGAUGUUGGAUAUGUAUGACUUCCAGAAUGAUAUUUGGCUAUGUCAUUCAUUUCAAGGACAAUGCUUCAACUUCACAGCAUUUCAACCUGCUAUAAACACUUUGAAAGAAGUUGAAGCAUUUUUGACUGAAAAUCCGACGGAGAUUGUAACUGUUAUAAUCGAAGACUAUGUGCAUGCACCAAAAGCAUUGAUUAAUCUUUUCAUAAAUGCUGGUCUUGAUAAAUACUGGUUCCCUGUGUCUGAUAUGCCGAAGAGAGGCGAAGAUUGGCCUACUAUAAUGCAGAUGGUUCAAGCGAAUCAUCGACUUCUUGUUUUCACUUCUGAUGCUUCGAAAGAAGCUGAAGAAGGAAUAGCUUAUCAGUGGAGGUACAUGGUUGAAAAUGAGUCUGGAGAUUCUGGACUUCGUCAUGGGUCUUGCCCACGUAGAAAAGAAUCAAAUCCGCUAAAUUCUAGAAGUGCGUCACUUUUCUUGCAGAAUUACUUUCCAACGUAUCCGGUUGAAGCUGAAUCAUGCAAAGAGAAUUCAGCUCCACUGGCAAAUAUGGUGAAUACAUGUUACAAGACUGCAGGAAAUGUGCUGCCUAACUUCAUCGCAGUUAACUUUUACAUGAGGAGUGAUGGUGGCGGUGUUUUUGACAUCGUUGAUCGAAUAAACGGCCACACAUUGUGUGGAUGCAGUACAGUCACUGCUUGCCAGGCGGGAGCACCUUUUGGAUCUUGCAAGAACAUUUCUGUACCAAUUACAAGUCCAGUGACCAACACGCCUGGAAGCUUUAACGGUUACGUUCAGUUUUCAAUUAAAUCCGCUUCACCAGUCCAUUCUCCAAAUCGCUCGCUUUUCCUCUUGUUUUACUUCCUGCUUACCGCAGUUCUUUUGCAGUUUCGAUGAGUUUUAUCGUAUAUCAUAUGCAAACUAGGUCUGUCAAGAUAAGUUUCUGGUAUUGUCAUAUUUGCAUAUCAUAUGCGAGAUAGUGCCGAGUCUCUCGAGCGAGGCUUCUAAUAUCUUACUAUGUAGUAUAAUGGAUUAUAUAGCCUCGAUCUCGAAAUGUCAUGGAAUGGUUUAGAGGUUAGAAAAUUAGGCAACAAAAUUUCAGAAAAGGAAAGGCUAUAAUCAAGAAUCUGAGAAGUCAAUCAAGAAUAUAUAUAUCUAGAGCAUUUCAGGUAUGUUGCAUAUUUGGCAUCUUAUCCGUCGUCGCAUAUGCAUAACAUUGCAUGUGAAUUAAUUGUCAUGUCAUAUCACUAAUAUUUACAACGUUUCGG